AGUGAUACCAGCAGACUUUACAUGUACUGUAGUUACAUUGUUUUGCAGCUUAAAUGAAUGUUGAACUCCUAAUGUUUUAUGUAUGAAACCCAGAGGGCUGAGGGUGAAAUAUUGUUGUACAGGAUCCUGUUGUUCAUUAAAUUAAAUAUGUUGUGAAAUUUUGCAGACCUCUUUGGAGGAAAAUGUCAUUACAGGCUCUAGUGCUUCUGGACCAGCAGCCACCAGAAAACUUGAAAACUGUUUUUUCAGAGAAAGGAUAAUGUGACCUGAGCUUUAGCUGGAUUACAAAGUGGGCUAAAGACCCACCUCCCCUGAGAGGCAGACAGAGCUCUCAGCUCUCAUCUCCUCCUCCCCCUCUUCCUCCAUCGCCUCCUCCUCCUCUUCUUCCUCCUCCUCCUCCUCCUCCUCCUCCAGCGAGCACAUGCUCACGCUGCUCCCAUCUGAUGCCGACUGGAUGCGGAGCUCCGCUCACAUCUCCAUCCUCUCUCCAUCUCCUUCUCCUCUGACAUCUAGAGCUUCUCCGUUUUCUUUUCCCUCCGGUUGUUCCCGACCAGGAUGUGGCACUCUGUGGCUCUUCUCCUCUCUGGACUCUCCGCUUUGAUCAACGUGUCUUUGCAGGGGCCUCACCAGAGGAACCUGCUGAAAAACCUCCUGAAAGACUACAACCGGAUGGAGCGGCCAGUGGGGAAUGACUCCCAUCCUCUGACCGUCUUCUUCACCCUCAGUUUGAUACAGAUCAUGGACGUGGAUGAGAAGAACCAGGUGUUAACCUCCAACAUGUGGCUUCAGAUGAGUUGGUACGACCACUACCUGCAGUGGAACCAGAGCGACCACCCUGGCGUGAAAAACCUCCGCUUCACCACAGAUCAGGUCUGGACUCCAGAUAUUCUGCUCUACAACAGUGCAGAUGAUGACUUCGACUCCACCUUUAAGACCAACAUUCUUGUAAACUCCAGCGGCUUUGCAAAGUAUCUCCCUCCAGGAAUCUUUAUGAGCACGUGCAAUGUGGACGUCCGCUGGUUCCCAUUCGACAUCCAGAAAUGCGAGUUAAAGUUUGGCUCCUGGACGUAUGACGGCUGGCUGCUGGACCUCCAGAUGACCGAUGCUGACAUCUCAGGAUACAUGCCCAACGGAGAGUGGGACUUAAUUGGUGUUCCUGGCACCAGAAAUGAGGUUUUCUACGACUGCUGCAAGGAGCCGUACCCAGACGUGACGUUCGUGAUUACGAUCCGGAGGCGGACGCUCUACUACGCCCUGAACCUGCUCAUCCCUUGCGUGCUGCUUUCCUCCAUGACCCUGCUGAUCUUCGUGCUGCCAGCCGACUCAGGAGAGAAGAUUUCACUGGGUAUCACCGUUCUGCUGUCGCUCACUGUUUUCAUGCUGCUGGUGGCUGAGAUAAUGCCCGCCACGUCGGACUCCGUCCCGCUCAUAGGCCAGUAUUUUGCCAGCAUAAUGAUCAUCGUUGGGAUGUCAGUCAUUGCCACAGUUGUGGUUUUACAGUAUCAUCACCACGAUCCAAAUGGAGGGCACAUGCCGAAAUGGGUGCGUCUCGUUUUGCUGCAGUGGGUCGCCUGGUUCCUGAGGAUGAAGCGGCCAGGGGAGAACGACGAUCCGGAGCGACCGCCCUGCGCCCCACACCUACGCCGCUGCUCCUCAGGAUCACAGAGCGGCAGCAUUCCCAACCCUCCCGACCCGACCCUCCACCCGCUGCACCCGCAGAACCUGACGCCUCUCCAGACGGGGCCGCUCCACGCGGGACACCCUCACCUGCAAACCAGCGCCAACAACAACGGGAACCUUCUCUACAUGGGCUUCCCGAGCAUCGAGGACUCUUCGGUUCUAUCGGAGCCCGUCCAGAGGAAUAACAUCUCUGUAGGACCUCCACGGGUGGCAGGAAGUCCGCCUCCUCACCUGCCGUCGCAGUUCUGCAGCUCCCCUCCACCUCCAACUCCCAACAUGGACACAGUGGGGUGUCCCAGCACUGUCUCUAGUGGCGGAGGUUUUGGAGGGGGACCAGGAGGGUGCUCAACAUCUGUGAUGGGCGACCCGCAGCUGCAGGCCAUCCUGGAGGAGGUGCGCUACAUGGCAGACCGUUUCAGAGAGCAGGACGAGACCGAGAGCAUGGCUGACCAGUGGAAAUUUGCAGGCGCUGUGAUUGAUCGCCUGUGCCUGGUGGCGUUUAGCGUCUUCAACAUCAUUUGCACCAUCUCCAUCCUCAUGUCGGCUCCAAACUUUGUGGAAGCUGUUUCUAAGGAUUUUGUUUGAGGGGCUAGGGGUAAACAGGAAGAAAAAAAAAACACACACACACAUGCAAAGGAACAUUUUGGAGAAAAUUAAGUAUGGGAUGCAGAACGGAACGGGCUCUGAUCCAAGGAAACACGAUUUCCAGCAAACUGUAUGCGCUGUGAUUUGUGAUUGCAAGGAUCUGGGGGAAUGGAAAGAAACUAAUGGUUUUCUUUGCAAUACAUUCUGUUUUGUAACCAAAAAAGAAGAAAACAGAUGAUGAAGGGAAUACAAGGUGAAGUUUAAAUGAAAUUAGAGUGCAGGGUGCUUUAUCAGAUUCUUGACAAGGUGAAAUUGGUUUUUGAGGCCGAUUUGAAGAGGACUUUUGUUUAAAAUUAAAGGGAAAUACGAGUCUGACAAGGACGCCAAUGCAACCUGAGGUAAUGACGGUCUGAUGUCAGGGAAGACUGUUGGCAUAAAAGAGGAAGAAGAGACAGACAGAUAGGCAGCGACAGAUAAAAGAGACGGAUAUGUGACUGUUUCAUUUCCUCAGAUAGGGGAAACAGCCUCUUACUCCCACAGGUGGAGAAAAUACUGCAUCACUCAAAGUGAUGUGAGAAGAAGAGGCUUUUACAAGGACACAAAACAAAGAGCAGACGUGAAGGACAGACACUGUCCCUCUGGGAACCUGAGACAGGCAGAGUUUUGAGAAGCUGCUUGAUGCUCAGAUGCACAAAAGAUGACCGAAGAUCAAGAGAGUCGCAUCGCACAGGAACUCAUCUAUUAUUCAAUCACUUUUCGGCUAAUGACAGUCAAAUUGAAAGGCUUUGGAUAAUCCUUCAGACUAACAAGCUUCUCAAAGAUGAACUCCCAUCUCUGCUUUUGAGCCACUUUGAAUCUCCAAGACCUUAUCUCUGUGAGACGAUUGCCAAUCAGAACGCUCCUCAGCGGCUCUCUCUGUGUGCGGCGCUCGUCCCGACCUGGAAACUGGAAUUAGCCGCUUGUUCCAGGGCAGCGGCCCGUCGCUGCGCCACUGUGGAGACCGAUGAAAAUUCAUGCACCGGUUACCUAACUGCAUCUGGCAGGUCAUAACGGACCAACGAAACUCAUUGGAUUUCAUAUUAAAGGUUUAAUAACUCAGGCAGGAGGUCAGGGCUCUAAAAGGACACCAGAGGCAGAAGGAAGAGGAUGAGAUCAUUAAAUGUGGAGGAGCAGGGUCCUGUUAAUUUCCUCUGACUGGUUUACUGCUGCUUGACAGUUUUAAUUUCAAUAUAUUUUCAUGAAAUUUAGAGAAUGUAAGAGCGCAAAUCAACACCACAGCCUUCAUACAGGGAUUUUCAACAAAAUAUAGCAAGUCUCUCUGCUGGCAAUUUGAAUAAAAACAUCAUUUUAGCUGGGCUUAAUUCAGAAAUAUUAAAUACAAUUUGUAUUUAUUAGACAAUCUCAUCCUAGUUUUUAUUUAUACUACAGUGGCUUGUAAAGGUAUUCAUAGAUCUUGAACUUCACAUUUUAUCCAGUUACAACCUUAAACUCAGAGGAAUUUCAGUGAGACCCUAAUUUUGGAUUUGUUAUCAGAGCUAUGUGUCAGUACUUUGUAGGACCAAAACAUCUUUAAUCAAUCAAUCAAUCAAUCAAAUUUUAUUUGUACAGCACAUUUCACCAACAAGGCAGCAAAAAAUUAAAAUCAACAAUUGAAGCAUUAGAUGUUUCCAAGUGCUGUCAUUACAUGUCAAAAUGUUGGUUAGUCUUUCAUUUAUUAUGGUACCAAAGCAACUAAACAGACUUUAAAAAGUCUUAAAUUCAUGUAGCUAAAAUUAAGGCUUUAAAGUGUCUUAAAUUCAUUAAAAAUACAAAUCUCAGAAAUUCUCUUAUAUAAAACUUGGACAUUUCUGACCGUGAAAAGUUGGAAAUAUUCUAGGAAUCAUUGAGAAAAUUCCACGUUUUUCUAGAAAAUUUACGACAUUAAUCUCAAAAGUUUUCUGGCAUAAAUUUACUCGUCAUUUUUUUCUAUCUGCCUAUUGUUUUUUAUCUAGUUCUAAAAACAUUAAAAUCUAACUUCAACAAACUCUAGGUUAUUGUUUUAAAAAAAUUCAAAAUCACAAACAAUCUAUUUUCUGCUCUAUUUCAGUCUCUGACAUCGUAGUGGAGGAAUUUUGACCCUCUCUUCACGACAGAGUUGCUUCAGUACAUUAAGAUUUGCAGACAUUUGUUUCUCCCUCAAGGCCUCAGCGCAGCAUUUCAAUCAGCUCCAGGUCUGGAUUUUGGCUCAUCCGCUGCAGCACCGUAACUCUUUUCUUUCUCACUCAUUCUGGGGGAGAUUUGCUGCUGUGUUUAGGAUCAUUACUGCUAUCCUGUUUGGUCUCAUCUGUCAAAACAACCUUGUUUCUGUAGUCUUGUUCACAAAGUCAUGCUACCAAUGUUUUUAUAAAGAAGAGGCUUUUCUCUUGGCUUGUACUGUUAUUAUGUAAUUUGCUAGCUGAGGCCUGAAGAGUUUGUGAUGAAGCUUUUUGGUUUAUCUCCUCCUGGGAAAAUUGGCAGCUGUCCUAAAUAUUUCACAACGUUAAUAAUUUCCUUAAUGCCUCUCAGGUUAAUGGGCAGCAGCUAUUACUCCUGGUUUCAGUCGUGGCAACUAAUCAAGUGAUUUUUUUAUUAAGAGGAAUGAGUGUUUUCUUCUUGUUUUAUAAGGACUGUAUAUCUUCGGGUUGAUGUGUCACAAAAAACUAACUUGGUUUUAAUGUUAAGGAUUACCGUACUGAAUAUCAGUUUCCAAUAAGAAAAAAGAGAUUCAGCUUAAAAUAAAACAACAAUCUCAGACGAAGUAAACAACUGACCUGUAUUUCUUUUAUAUUUUAUUCCCAAAGUGUACCAGUCACUAAAUAAACUACCUUCAAACUGCCAGCAAAGAUACAAAAUCUAAUUGUUAUAGAAGAAGCAAACAAAGCAAAACAAGAAAAACUUUUAAAACUAGAGAUUGGCAUUAUGAGAAAUAUUUUUGUUACAUCAACAAAUCCAGUUUGAUUUCAUUAAAUAGUGAACAGAAAUGCUGCGUAUUGCAGUAUCAGCAAACGUCCCUCAACGUUUCAGCUGCAAAUUAAUUUACAUCUGAAGCUCUGGAGAGUUUUUACAGCAGCUGGAUGAUGUAUGUGGGACUGAUUGGGAAUAAAACGGGAGCGCCUCCAUUCAUCCUAAUAGGAAAACAUGACCAGUGCAAUGUGUGGCUUAUUAAUGAGCUUCUAAUCAUGUUAUGACAGGAGGAAAAUAAAUCUCAGCGCUUAGCCUCACGGGCUGUGUUUAUUGGUGUUGGAUAGAUUUGCUGUUUGGGGUUUUCAUAGGAUAUAGCGAUAUAUAUCCACAUUUAUUGCCACUUUGAUUUAUUUAAGUAAACCAUGAAUAUUUUUGUAGUUUUCCUGGGAACGUUUAAGCUAGAAUUUGCAGAAAAGGUUUCUCCAGACGAUUGAGGAGUUGUUGAAGGAAUAUUCGGAGUUUCGAGUUAAAUCUACAUUCAUUUUGUGAACCUGGAGAAAAGCUACAAGUAGUUGUGGGGCAUUUAUCGUAUUGUUUUUUCUUUAUCGUGCUAAAUUUCUUAUAAAAAGUUUUAGUUCUUUUUUUCACAAUAAAUUUCAAUUAAUGAUGUUUCAACUCCCCCAAAGCUGUUCAUAUUGUCGUAAUUUAUAUUUUUUACCAUUUUCUCCACCAAUGAGAUCAAUAAAUAAGAAUACAAGUGAAAAUAUGAGUAAAUGCAAAUACUGUGUGCAGUUUAGUAAUGCAUAUCAUACUUAUUUGUGACUUAUGUCCUGAAGACAUGUAUUACAAAUGGCUAUGAUUUAUAAGAGCGGUGUGUUUUCAGGAUUUUUUUUAUUGCAAAAAAUAAAUAGUAUUGUCAUGUUUAUCGUUAUCCCAAUAGUACUACCAAAUAUCCUGAUGAAACUUUGUCCAUAUCACCCAUCCCUGGAUACAAUCAUGUCCCCCUGAAGCAUUUUGUGAGACUUUGAAAGGUUAUCUGGAGAUUGUAUUUCUAAAUACUUGUUCCCAGAUUAAAGCCAAGCUCGUGAGCGUGAAAUCGUGUAUCUUGGUGUCUUGUCCAUGACAAGAUACCAAGGAUAUAACUGCCAAGUCUGCAGUAUUAUUAGUUAUGCUUCAACCUGUCAAAGUGAAGGAAACUCUCAAUUUAUCGGUCCAUUCAUGGUCCAACAACCAUUCCAAGUGUAACCUAAUUUCAUCCCAGAUUAAAGUGGCUGAAAUGAACUUCUGCACUACAAAAACACAAUAAUCUUACCAAGUAUUUUUGGUCUAGUCCAAAUAUCUUAGUACACUUCAAAUAGGAUACAACUAACUUACAAGCUACAAGCAACAAAUAGGAACUAGUUUUAAGUCAAUAAUUACUUAAUAUUGAUGAAAAUGUUCUAGUGAAAUAAUCUGCCAGUGGAACAAAUUUUUUUUUCCAUAUUAAAAAUUAAAGUGUCCUGUUACACUGCUAUUUUACUUUACUUAUAAAUAAAAUAGCAUUAUUUUUUAAUAUAUUUUGGGGAAUUAUUGACUUAAAAGUGUAGCAGUUUGGACGCCAUCCAGCAGAGGGCGCAUGGUAAUCCUUAACCGGAGCCGUUGUUACAGGAUUAAAGAUGGCGGAGCUACAGCAGAACGGGAAAGAGAAAUGGUCCAAAAAGUUUCCGUUAUAUCACUCUUUAUGCGGUUCUGUUUUGAAACUAUAAACAAUCAACAAGCUCCUUAAGUUUCACCUUAAUAGCGCUCAUUCAGCCUAGCUGCGUAGGAGAGCAACUUCUCAUUAGAAAAUGACAAAAUCUUCUAUGAAGGAACAGGUGAAAUGACAGAAAAACGGGCCGAAUAACGCAGAAAAAUUGUAAGGAUUGGAAGAAGCGCGGUCGAUUUUGAGGGCUGGUGAGUUAAUGCACUUUAUGGAGUGAAGUUUGAACUUUCCUUCAAUCUAGAGCAGUGACAGACGGCACUUCACAAAAGUACAUGGGGGAUUAAGUAUUUCACGUAUUAUAUUCUUUUUAUCUUUUAUUUUCCUGUUUAGCAACUUAGAUGUUCCUGUUUUGUUACAUUUUAUAAAUAUGUCUGAGUUUAUUAAUGUGAGAAAGUUUAUUCAGUCAGUAUCUAAUAAUGUUUUCUUUUAAUUCAGCAAAUUUAGCCCUUCAUGUUAUGGAAAGAUAUUCAGCCCUCUUGAUACAAGAGAAAACUCAGGUUGUAAAGAAAAUGGCCGCUUAUCAAUUAAUUGUUAGUUGAUUAAUCAACUUUAAAUGAAUAAUUAAUCGAUAACUUGCAUCGCUGCUGAAAGAAAGAUCUGAACUUCUCUCUCACGGACAAUAUGGAUGGAUUAACACUGGCUCUUACCUUAAAGGCCAACUACGUUAGCUACAUUCCUGUCUCCAUCUCGCUUCAAAGUGAAGAGUGCCUCUCUUCUUCUGCUGUCUUUUCUGUCUCUUCUUCUUCUAACUCAAUUCCACAAGCAGGGAGAAAGUAAACUUCCUGCCUGAGGCUUUGUUAAAGGUUACACUCCUUUGAGCACAUGCUGACACUCACAUCUGUACAGAGAAAAUAAAAUAUUCUCUCUUUUUCCUA